AUUUCCGGAGAUUCAUUCGUGUAGCACUCUAUUGUGUCCGCCGAUAUAAAAAAAAAAAAAAAAGCUUUAAUUCUUCAAUAAACACAUUUUAAAUAAAAAUUAAAUCAUCAACUUCUGAAUUUCCUCCUAUACACCUAUAAUCCAGUAUAAUUAUGUGUUUUGUAUAAGCUAAUACGUGUGAUUAAUUUGUUAUAAUACAAAUAAGGGUGUAGCAAUUUUUUUUUAAAUUUAAAAACACACAAUAUGUGCUUCCUUAAGGACACAGUAACUUAAUAAUUAAUUUAAUUUAAAAAAAUAAAUAAAAAAAAAACGAAAACCACGCCUUUAUGAGGUUUAUACCACGUGGUGCGGCUGUCAAAUAUGGCCCCCUCCUUCUGGGUGUGAGAGAGAGAGAGAAGCGACAGCUGACAAAGGAAAGAAAUCUGUCAAAUAAGGACAAAAGGACAGCGCCGAUUCAUUGAACACUGCACCUUCGUCCAGAUAACACUGCACUUAUGUGAUGUGAUGGCCAUGUGUUAACACAACCUUCACAGCUGAGUAGAAAACACCCUUAGCAAGUGAAAAGUGGCUGCCAAAUGAUGAAGUGUGCCAGAGAGAGGAAGUGACAGAAGAAGUGCCUUCAUUGUUGCAGACCAUCUGGUCAUGAGAUCAAGCAUCCUCUCCCUCCCUGCGAGCCUCCACCCUGCAGCCAUGCUGAUCGACCCCGUGCUCGUGGAGUCCUCCGUGGUGUUGGCUGUGUUGCUGUGCGUCCACAUGGUGGUGUGGAACCAGCACUCGUGGGGCAGCAUAGCCCUCUUCAUCCAGGCGUUCUACGUGCAGCACAAAUGGGACCGUCUGCUCAGGUCGGGGGGCGCAGUGUUCCAGUUCCGUCCCGCGGCGAACAGCGGCAUCGUCUCGGCCUCCAUGGUGAUGCCUUUGCUGGGCCUGGUGCUGAAAGAAAAGUGCUCUGCCUCAGGGAAUGUCUUCUUUGAGCGCUUCUCCAUGGUGGUCACCAUCACGGGCAUGAUGCUGGCUCUGUUUCUCUCGUUGAUCGCGCUGGGCAUCACGAGACCCGUACCCACCAACACUUGCGUCAUCGCAGGCCUGGCCGGCAGCGCUAUUCUCUACACGACCAAACAGACGCUGACGGUGUCUGAGGUCAUCGAGGUCUUGGAGGUACUGUUGAUCUUCGUUUAUCUCAGCCUGAUUGUGCUUUACCUGCUGCCACGCUGCUUCACACCUGGAGAGGCGCUCCUCAUCGUCGGCGGAAUCAGUUUCAUCGUCAACCAGCUCAUCAAGCGCUCCCUGAACCUGGCGGAGGUCAAAGGUGAUCCGGUGAACUAUUUCCUGCCGGUCGUAGUGGUGGGCUCUCUGUUGCUGGGUGUUUUCUUUGCCCUGCUCUUCUGCUUCAUGGAGUCCGAGACCUGGGUGUCGUCACUUUUCUUUCACAUGAUGACGGCCGUUCUGGGUCUGGGAAUCCUCAUGCCGUGGCUCUCCCUGUUCAUUGGCCGGCACCCCAUCAUGUGGCUGUUGGAUUUUGUAACAUUAAAUGACAGGAGACUUUGUCUGCUGGGGUACUGGGCGUUUCUGGCUGUUGUGGCCACUUGUGUUGUGUUACACCAGAACUACCAGCGCCAGUCCGGCUCCAAGAAGUACCAGGCCUCCACUGUUGUCAGGAAGUACUUCCAUCUGAUUGUCGCGGCCACAUAUGUUCCAGGACUGAUAUACGACAGGCAGCUGCUUCACGUGGCGUCCGUGGGUGCCUUGGCGAUUUUCUUGUUCCUGGAGUACGUGCGUUACUUUCGGAUCAGGCCGCUGGGUCAGCUGCUCAGGCAGCUGCUCACCUUGUUCCUGGAUGAGCGGGACUCUGGGCCUCUUAUCCUGACCCACGUUUACCUGCUGCUAGGCAUGUCCCUGCCCAUAUGGCUGUUCCCCGGGCCCUGCGCCCCGAAGGGGAUACUUCCCGGUGCAGGCGGCCUGGUGCCUUACGCGGGCGUGCUGGCCGUGGGGGUCGGAGACACCGUGGCGUCUGUGUUCGGCAGCACCAUGGGGGAGAUCCGUUGGCCCGGCACAAAGAAAACCAUGGAGGGCACCGCGACGUCGGUGUUCGCCCAGAUCAUCGCCGUGGCAGUGUUUCUCAUCUUUGAUGGGAGCAUCAAUCUGAACUCCACCUACUCGUGGAUCGUUGGCUCCAUCACUCUGGUGGCCAUGCUGGAAGCCUACACCUCCCAAAUAGACAACCUCCUACUCCCACUCUACCUCUUCAUCCUGCUGUUGCUUUGACUGGACAGAUGGCACAAACCAAAACUGUCCUCAGCUCCUUCUAGGGGGAAGGAAGAAUAAUGAAUUUAGAAAUAUAAAAAAAUGAUAGUAGAGGUAACAGAAGUUCUUUUAGGAAUCAGUGCGCUGAUCAGCACAAGAAGUUAAUCAAGCCGGGUAAUCGUUAUGUCAGUAAACCAAUGAGGCACUAAAGAAACUCCGUCCUUUAUGUGGCAAGCAGACGUGAUGUUAGCAUGACAUUAGAGCCCUCAGAUCACAAGUCAUUUCAGUAUCAGUUGCUUUGAGAAAUGAGACGUCGUUUCAGAAUAAGUUACCAAGAAAUGUGAGUUGCUAAAUAUUCUUUGAGAGCUGCGUCUUUAGUGACAGUGGCGGUGUACGGUUUCUUCGCGCGUCACCGUCUCUGACCGCGAGGCUCUCGACCUGCUGACACCAACAACUCCUGAAUUAUGCAACAGGAGAGAGCAAAGUGGAAAAAUGUCCUUUAAACACUUCUGGAUGGUACAGACGCUGCUAAAUGGCACGGUUAUGAUCACCAAUGAGAAGGUUUUCCUAUCUUGACCUUUGUAUUGCCUUUUGAAGAACAUGAUUUAAAGUUAGCUUAGUGAUAUGUCUUUUUCUUAAUCAACAUUUUUGUUGUUAGAUUACUUUACCUCCCCGAUGGCAAUAUGAAGGACUUACUACUGAAAAUAUUUGCCUUAAGAAGUAUGUUUUCUAUCAUACAUUACCUACUAUUGUAGAUGAAAGCAUGACAGCCCCUCUCAACUCUUCUUUAUAAGGGCUGAUUUAUACUUCAAUAUGGCAGAAACUCAAUAUGCUCUUGCAUGACACUAAUGUGAAAUUUAAGUACUGUAACAUGUACAAAGGUAUCCUACAGUAUAUUUUUGUUUGAGGUUUGAUGGGACCCCUUAACGGUACACUUAAUAUAUACAUUUCCUUGUGAUACUGAGCCUUCAAACCAUGCAUAUUUUUGGAGUCUGUAGAUGCUUUGGGCCAAAAUGAUGAAGCCCCUUUCCUUUUUUUAGCAACUUUGUUUUGCAUCAUUUUUAUGUAAAAUUACUUCAUUGAAAUAUCCUCAAACGUCAUCAGGUUUCAUCUCAUCAUUCUUGGAUGAGGACGCUACAGUUUUAUAACCUGAAACUUGUUUUCAGCAUGAAUUAAUUAACAGCCUUAUGUUCAUCUGUAAAAGUUCUUUGGUGUUUUUUUUUUUUUAAUUUAUUAUGUUGUAACAAUUAUUAGCAUGAUCCCACUGGUAUGUUGUUUUUUGCAAUCAUGCUUACAUUUAAAAAAGAAAAUGUAAUAUUGCAUGUUGAGUGCAUCGGAGAAGAAAGAUAAAAAUGAUAUGUCUCCUAUUUUAGUCCAUUUGUUUAAUAUUCAUUCGAGGAUUGAGAAGCAGGACUUGUGUGACAGACUGAGGGCCCUGUUCAGACGUGGCGUUAACAUGCACCCUGAGUGAUCCGAUCACAAAUGGACAGCUUUAAAUACGUCUGUUCACACCUUGUGAUCGGAUCUCACUUCCCCGCUCUAUAUGCAAAUAAACACGCAGUAAACACACGGCUAAUACAGCAGACGUUGUGAUGUAAUAUUACAUGAAUGUCAGUAGUGAUAUCCUACAUAUUCGUGAAUUCGGGUACAUUUUUAUUAACAUCAAAAUAUAAGGUUAUUGUAUCGGCGGUCCGUGCCGCCAACACUGCUGCCUUUGCCAGGUAACAGCGGGGUACAGAGCUCCAGAUAGCCGGAGAUGAGAGAGAACAGGCGUGCGGACGGGCGGGUGUCAGCUCAGUGCAGAGCACCGGAACAAAAACACCGACACAUCUCCGACAGCAUGAUAAUAAUGCUAGAUAUGUAGCCUAUGGAUAAGGUAUAUUUUAAUAAAAUACAGUUGUACCGACAGGAUACAGUAAAGCACGGAAGCCGUUUCCAUUCGAUCACACAGGCCGCAUGUUAAUACCAGGUCUGAACAGGGCCUGAGUGAUUGAAAACAAAUGUUAAUCCUUUGGUUUUGAUUUUAAAAUGAACAUAAGAGGUUCGGAUGUAGUGUUUGAUAAUCAUUCAUACAUGAAUUUUAGUUUUUCAUUUAAGUUGCGUCUUAACAUGAACAUACUUGAAAAUAGAAAUGCUCAGUGUUGUCUGUAAAAAAAGAAAAAUAGGGAUCUGACAUCUCGUCUUCACACAAAUUUGAAAAAAAA